AUGGGGCCUCAAGGAAAUUUUCCAAGUAAUAUAGAGGUGAAUCCUAAAGAGCAGUGCAAUGCAAUCUCUUUGAGGAGUGGGAAGAAGUUGGAAGAGCCAGUCAAGAAGUCUAUACCUGCACCAAAAGUUGAAGUUGAGAAUGAGGGUAAGGUAGAAGAAGAGGUUAUUGAAGACCUUGAAAAGAAUCAGUCACCAGUGAGUUAUGAGCACCGCAUCAAGAUUCCAUAUCCUCAGCGACUUCAAAAGAAGACACUUGACAAACAAUUUUCGAAGUUUCUAGAAAUUUUUCGAAAACUUCACAUUAACAUACCUUUUGCCGAGGCACUUGAAAAAAUGCCAAGUUAUGUGAAAAGAUUGAAGCUUGGGGAAGCAAGACCUACAACAGUGACUCUUCAGUUGGCAGACAGAUCAAUAGCACAUCCUCGGGGUAUUAUUGAAGAUGUUUUGGUAAAAGUGGACAAGUUUAUCUUCCCAGCAGACUUUAUUGUACUUGAUAUGGAGGAGGAUGCCAACGUCCCAAUCAUUCUUGGAAGACCAUUCUUAGCCAUAGGACGAGCUUUAAUCGACGUACAAAAGGGGGAGUUAAGGUUGCGAGUCCAAAAUGAGGAAAUAAGUUUUAAUGUUUUUACAACAACUUAA